AUGAAUAUUAUCUUGGAACAUACUGAAGAUGGAGUUACUAUUCCUCACAGAACCUAUCUGAAAACACCUGCUGAGUUCUCGGAUGAGGAUAAUGAGCUGAUAAAUCUAGAUGUAACUCUACAGCUCAUUCUGAUCGAAUCAUUGGAUCCAAUAAUGUACAAUAAUGUUGUCAAUUGUACAAGUGCUAAGCAGAUAUGGGACACUCUGCAAAUUAUCAAUGAAGGAUCUGAGGAAGUACGGGAAAACAAGAAGGAAAUUCUUGUGGCUCAAUACGAGCAAUUUGGUUCUAAUCCCGGAGAAGGAAUUUCUGAAGUAUUCAUCAGAUUCAACAAUUUGAUAAACAAUCUGAAUCUGAACGGGAAAUACUACGACAACAAAGAGAUGAACCUGAAGUUUUUGCUGACACUCCCUGAGCAUCUGGAGCAUAGGAUAACCGCCAUCAGAGAAAGCAGAGAUUUGACAGAGAUCUCAUUGGAACAGCUGUAUGGGGUUCUGAAAACCUAUGAAUUGGAACAGGCUCAAACUAAACAGAGAUACGGAUGGGGAAAAACGAUCAAUGCGUCUACAUCUAUCAGUAAUUCUACUGCCCUCGUAAUAGAAUCACCUAUUGUGAAAGAGCGGAAGGUUGUUGUACCUUCUAAAUGCACCCAAGAGUAUGUGGUUCCUAAAAUUGGACAUACGUCAACAAGUAUGGGUGAUGAUGAAUUCUACUCUGUGGAAGAGUUAGAUCAGCUUGAGGACGAAUCUCUUGCUAUGUUUGCUAGGAAGUUUGGCAACGUGAGAUUCAGGAGGAAUCCCUCAUACAAAUUUAAAUCUUCUGGUAAUAAAUUCCAGAAAGAGGGAUCUUCGUCCACUUCAAAAGGGGCUUACAAGACUGGGAUGGUUGAUCGAAGCAAGUUUAAAUGUUUCAACUGUGAUGAGCCUGGUCACUUUGCAUCGGAGUGCAAGAAGCCCAAUCAGCUGGCAAAGAAGAAGGAAUCUUAUGACGAGCUAAAGCAGAAGUAUGAGGCUCUGCUAAAGAAGCAUCAAGGCCAAAGCAGCCAAGGAAAGUCCUAUGUGGCCAAAGGGAAAAGCUGGGAUGACACAGACAGUGAUGAGGAGGAAGAGCGGGGGAAUGUUGCUCUAAUGGCUUUCAUGAAACCUUCUACACCUCCACAUCACACUGGCGGAUUUCCGGUAGAUCCUACUUGCCCUAAACUAUUUAUGCAAUUAGGACUUGAACGUGAUGAUGCUCGUAAUAAGCUGAAAGCUUUAACUCUAGAACACAAAGCUUUAAAGCUGGAGGUUCAUGAGUUAAAGUUAAAAGAAAAACUAGUGCUCACCCCUAAAAUUGAACAACUGACUAGUCAGUUAUUGACUCAGACUAAUAAAGUCGAAGUGUUAGAAUUUAGGGAGAAAAAGUUGAAUGAGCAGUUAGCUGAAGAGAAGGUUAGGUGCCUUGCUUAUAAGGAGUCGACUAAUAUUGUUAAGAACCUAGUGGACCAACAAGUGAUUAAAAGGAAAGUUGAACCAUUACUUGAUAUGCCCGUGAUUAUUCAAUAUGAAAUGAAUUUAGAGGAUAUUGAGAAUGAGAGGGAGAUUUUGGCAUCUGUAGAGCCAAUGCAAGUUGAGGGCACAUUCAGUUCGCCUAAAGCUGGCAUAGGUGCCAAUGGCUUAAAGAAUAAUUUCAACAAGCCUAAUAAGUUUGUUAAAUGCAUGAAUGGUAACAAUACAUGCUCAUCUACCAAUAACAUUAGAACUUCUGAAAAUGUUAAAGUAGAAACUAUUAAACCCCCUGUUGUUCUGAAUAACAUGCCUACUGUUCCUUUAGUUGAUAUGUGCCAUAAACCUUGUGGUGUUGAUAAUUGCAUGUUGUGUGCGUUUAAUGACUCAAGCACAAUCUUCUGUGACAAGGGAUUCCAAGUAAACUUUGUCAAGGAGAAGUAUUUGAUAUCUCACACUAAAGAUGACCGUCUUGCUCUCUGUGGAGUAAGAAAAGCUAACUUAUACUUAGCUGAUCUCAAUUCAGGUGCCAAUGAUGAAGAUAAUUGUUUCUAUUCAAAGGCUUCACCUGAAGAUAGUUGGCUAUGGCAUAAGAAGCUGUCUCACCUUAAUUUUAAAAUUGUAAACUCUUUGGUCAAGAGGGAUUUGGUGAGAGGACUGCCUCCUUUGGAAUUCACUCUACAAGGACUUUGUGAGGCAUGUCAGAAUGGGAAGGCUAAGAUAGCAUCAUACAAAGGCACAGACACCAGUAACAUUACUGAACCACUUCAACUAUUACAUGUGGAUUUAUUUGGUCCAGUCAAUGUGAUGUCUUUAUCAAGAAAGAGAUAUGCCUUGGUGAUUGUUGAUGACUUCUCUAAGUUCACAUGGGUUUUAUUCUUACAUUCUAAGGAUGAAACUCCUCAAUUGGUAAUUGAUCUUAUCAAGGAGAUCGAGUUGGAUUCGAAUGAUAAACUUUGUGUCAGAGAAAUAAGUUCAAAUAAUGGAACCGAGUUUAAGAAUGAAACUCUCAACAGAUUCUGCUCUGACAAAGGGAUAACAAGACAAUAUUCAGCGUCAAGGACUCCGCAACAGAAUGGACUAGUAGAAAGGAAGAAUCGUACCUUGAUUAAAGCUGUAAGGACAAUGCUAAGCAAAUCAAGGUUGCUCAUCUACUUUUGGGCUGAAGCUGUGAAUACUUCUUGUUAUACUCAGAAUCGAACUCUGAUCAACAAGGAACACAUGAAAACUCCUUAUGAGCGUAUGAACGGAAAGAAACCAACGGUCAAGUACUUUCAUGUAUUUGAGCUAAAUGCUAUGUGCUUAAGGAUGGCAAUGAACAUCGUGGCAAGUUUGAACCCAAAGCACUUUAAGCAAUUAUUUGUUGGUUAUUCUCAUCAAGCAUAUAAGGUGUUUAUCAUUGAUCAAUUACAAGUCAAGGAAAGUGUCAACGUUACUUUUGAUGACACUAAACUCCCAAGUAAUGAGACUAACAAUGGUGAUUAUGAUCCAGGUAAUGGUGGAGAAAACAAUGGAAACACUGUGGACUCUAUUAAUACUAGUGGUGGAUCAUCUAGUCAACCUGGCAGCAGCUUAGGGGGAGAUGGUGGAUCAACUAAUGUUGGUGUUCGGACUAGGAGUGCAACUCAAAAUAAAUGUCUAUAUUCGGGUUUUCUAUCUCAAGAAGAACCAAAGAAAAUUGAAGAUGCACUAGCCGAUCCGGAUUGGGUUCUUUCCAUGCAAGAAGAACUUAAUCAAUUCGAGAGACAAGAAGUCUGGGCCAUGGUUCCAAGAUCAAAGAAAAAGUCUGUUAUUGGAAUUUGA